AGGAGGAGGACGCGCGGCCGUGCGGCCACGGAGGAGGCGGCGGUGGCCUUGGCCUGCCCGUCUGGAGCGGCAGAAAGAGCAUCACCACCGGCCAACAACACGGAGGAUACUAUAUCUCGCUCGGGGCAAGGGACCUGCAGCGACGGUCCGCAUCGAAUCGGCCGCAGCGUGUGCCGGCGUUGCCCGCCAACGUUUUCGUCGCCCGCCAACAGUGGUCCAUCGCCCUUAACCCCUACACCGGAACUUGGCGGCGGUGGCUGGCCGCGACACCGCGUGGGUUCGCUUUAGUGCCUUCCAGUGAUUCUUCCCCUCCUACAGCAUCUCGUACUGCAGGUGGUUGUUGGUGCCGGCGAGUCACGACCGCCGUCUACUCGGCCCGGAGGCGUGAAGACACGGCUUCUCCAGACAGCUAUGGCCCAGGCCAGCAGGAGCCGGAUCAUCGCAGCCGCGUUGCUGUGUUUUGUUGCAAAGAGAUCCGCAGCGGGACCCGCAAAUGCCAUCCAGCUGGAAGAGCUGGAACGGCCCUUCUACAACAUUGCGCACAUGGUGAACUCCAUCAAGGAGGUGGACCAAUACCUGCGACUGGGUGCCAACGCCAUCGAGGCCGACGUCACCUUCCAGAGCGACGGCACAGCCAAGCAGACCUUCCAUGGGAGCCCCUGCGACUGCUUCCGCAACUGCUAUAUGCGCGAGAACAUCGUCGACUACCUCGAGUACAUUCGAAAGGUCACCGGUACGGCGGACGCGAAGUAUAAGAACCGGGUGUCGCUGCUCUUCCUGGACCUGAAGGUGACUGACCUGCCUGCACCGAGCAAGCUCAAGGCUGGAAAGGACAUCUCCAAGAAGCUUCUCGAACAUCUGUGGUAUAACGUUGAUCCAAACAACACUGUGAACGUGCUGCUCUCUAUUGGACACAUCAGUGAUAAGGACGUGUUCAAAGGUGUCCUCGAGACCUUGAUGAAACAUGGCGAUCCAAUCAUAGCAGAAAGAGUAGGCUUCGACGUGGGCCUUAACGACCCGCUUGAAGACAUAUCCAAGAUGUACAGCGAGCUGGGCAUCGAUCACAACAGAUGGCAGGGCGACGGCGUGUCCAACUGCAUCAGCUUGUUCCGACCGGCCAACCGUCUCAAGCAAGCGCUGCGCUACCGUGACUCCCGCACUGACCGCAGUUACGCGGAUAAGGUGUACCACUGGACCAUCGACCUCAGCUCCGCCAUCCGCAGCUCCAUACGGCUUGGAGUGGACGGCAUCAUAACCAACUACCCGGAACGAGUGUCGACCGUUCUCAUGGAGGCCCCGUUCAAGCGGGCCGUCAGGCUGGCAAGUCCGCAAGACACGCCCUGGAAAAAGGCCAACGUCGAACUCCUCAUGCCCGGCGGCGGUGGAGGCCCCAUCUCCACCGUGCUGGGCGAUGUGUCCGAGGUGCUGCAGCAGGUCUGGGCCUACGUGGUUACGCGGCUUUCGGGACACAUCUUCCGCCGGCGCAGCUCACGUGAUUACGACGCCAUCGAGGCAGAUCCUCCCAUGAGUCCUCGGGAACUGCAGGAACAGCGGUACUACCGGUGGCUUCACAAAAACUUGGCCUGAUCUGCGCGACGACUGUAGACGAAAUGACGUGCGCAGUACCAGUCGGACGCGCCCGAUAGGCCACACCGCGCAGCCGCGCUGGUCUAUGUAGUUGUCCAGGUCUGUCACGCAGUCUCGUAGCUUUCAGCGAGCUAUCAAAAGCCACCCCACGGCUGAGGACGAAGCCAGUUGCAUCGCAUUCAGCGACACCAACUGACGCUAUAAAAAAGCGACUUCUUUUUUUUUGAAAUUUAGCUCACCGUGGGGAGCCAGAAAACUUAAAUUUAACUAGCCUCUUGACGAAUGCUUGGGAUCAGUUGUAACGUUGCAAAAAACAACGAAAACACAGUCGAUGACGGUAACAGUCCGCAAAUAACUUAUUAUUAGUUAGAAAUUAGAAAAAUUAUUGUGUAUCUUCUUAUGUUAAGCGUGUUGUAGAUGUAAGCAAAAUCAGUAAUAAUUGGUGUAGGUUGGUGGGCAAGCACGGGAAGCGUUCUGCUGGUGUCUCGUUCAGGCGCUUCGUAAGAGUGAUCUCGGCAUACCGUAAACGCGCUAGUGCCUUCUUAGAACAGAUUUCGGCUCCUUUGCAAGAUUGCAUGUGCACAUACUUGGGUUGGCUUCUCUUCACUUAGCAGUUUGGACAAAUAUCGCUACGUCUGCGCAUUGCAGUGCUACAAAUCAGUUGACUAAUUUUUCCGCUGGCAGGGUGUCUUCUCCGGGCUUAUAAAUUUUUCGACAUUUGCCCCCCUUCUUCACGCUCUUACAGGCGUAUUCCCUGACAGUGAAACGUUUUGUUGUAACUUGCCUUGCUCAGACUCGGAGCGUAGUCUUGGUUAACCCAUGAACCGAGCCUUCCGGCACAUUUUUGUAAUUACAGUUUACUGCUUGCUUUCUGUCGCGUACACUGUAUUAGAAUGCCUCUUUCUGACUUCGAGACGUCAUAUUUCCGUGAUCUAACUACGCUGCCACGCUGAAGUCUUGCGUGGCCAACAAAUAAUAGCAGCCUCUAUGUUGGAAAAACACAUUCUUUCUAUGUAGGCAUAUACGCUUUGAAAAGCCACAUACUUCGUUGCAUAAAUCGUCUUUAUUAAGUUUCUUGCAAAGCAAACCCAAGGUUAAUUUGAGGCGACCGAAGGAAUCAUUGCCCCUACAUUACCGUGGGCUUCAAAUUGCGCUUGCGUGAACUCCUUAUGUGCACUACGCUGUGGGUCGAAAAUUCUGCAACUCAUCCGUUUGAUCGCUAGAGAAACUGCGGCACGUUCGGAGAUCGUUUUACGAAGGGAACGUUCAGUUUGCAUUCAGUUGCGCCUUGCGCGAUUGGCUUAUGCCGAUCGCACCCCAGGUCCGUACUACUCAAUCGGCGCAUGUUCGGAAGGUAUUUCGAAACUGUUGUUUGGUGCCGAAGGGCAAGGAAACGUACAGCAAAUUAGUGAUUCACGUUUUAGAACUGCUUAUGCAUCUAAUUGUUCACUGAAAACUGACACUUUUUCUUUGGUCUCGUAUUUCACAGUUCCUUACGUAAUGACAGCAAGGCAAGCAUGAUGAGCCCGACUACAGUUGAUAAUGUCAAGAUGGGGCUCCGAUUUUUCUUCAUAAUAACGCAAAGAGAUGUCGACUAGCAAGAUAUAGAACACAGUAUGCUCGCAAUAUGCAUCACUGCAACUUUCCCCGAACUUCUAAAUGAACGAUGAUCUUUAGCUCAUAAGGCAAAUUUCUAUAUAUUUUUUCCACAACUUCUUCGCGCUACACUUCACGUGUGUGAUUCGCAUCUUCAUGGGGUAACUAAAUUCAGGAAGAAAUAAUACACAGUUGCGUGUUGGCGGUAAAGACUAUGUGAUUACUUUGCGACGAGGCGUCAAGACAACGAGCAGACAAUUUGUGUCGCUUCGUCUACAACCUCUUGUACAGUUAUUUAUUUUAUAUUUAUUGCGACGAAUCGUGCGAGCAUGUAACUCACUGAAUAGCGAGACUUGCAAUUAGCGUCUGCCGAGAAGGCGACAACAAUACACGAACAUGCGGUCUCCAGCUACCACGUUAGGUAUCAAACUACAGGACAGUUGUCCUAGCGACUACCCUGCAAGAUCAGCACUACAGAUCCUUUUGCUGAGUGCACGGCUUUUAGUUUGACCAAACCGACUGUAAAUAAACAUUGUUACUUGUC